GCCCAGCACCUCGCUGCACUGUGCCAACUACGACGUGGACUCGAAUGCUUGAAUCCAGAUUCCUUUCCCAAUCGGGUAGCUACCGCACGAGGUCCGCAACACUACCACGGCUUACCACGGCUCAGUGCCGUCUUCUCCAACCACGACUAGCCACCUUCUACUUCGGCCGAGGGUAGAUCCACUGACGAUACCCCGGAUUCCACACAAAGUAAAUGUGCAUUUAUGGUCCAUAGCCGCUGAAUGAAUCCCUCUUGCUCGCCACACAUCUCCCAGUGACCAUGCGUGCUUUCCAAAGGUCAUCCCGUCUUUCGCGCCAGCUCAUUGCUGCUAAUGCCUCCCGCCAUAACUCGACCGUUGCGCCGGCUGGAAAGGCACUGACCUCUGUGCUGAUCGCUAAUCGUGGAGAAAUCGCCCUACGUGUUGGACGGACAGCUUCCGAGUAUGGCGUUCGAACAACAACCCUCUUCACCGACCCAGAUGCGCGAUCACAGCACGCCUUGAGCUCGCCGUACGCCGUGAAUCUCGGCGACCCUUCUGCAUAUCUCGACGGAGACCGUAUUAUUCAGAUCGCAAAAGAGCAGGGCUGCCAGGGCAUACAUCCCGGUUACGGCUUUUUGAGCGAGAACCCAGGGUUUGCAAAGAAAUGUGAAGAUGCUGGCAUCAAGUUCAUUGGCCCGCCAUGGCAGGCGAUCGAGUCCAUGGGAAGCAAGAGCGAGUCGAAGAAUAUCAUGGCCAAGGCCGGCGUACCAUGUGUGCCAGGUUACCACGGCACGAGACAAGAACCCGAAUAUCUCAAGGAGAAAGCCGCAGAGAUUGGUUACCCUGUCCUGCUCAAGGCCGUCAAGGGUGGAGGUGGUAAGGGAAUGCGAAUCGUCAACACAGAACAAGAGUUCUUCCAGCAACUCGACUCCGCCAAGUCUGAGGCUCGCAAUUCAUUCGGCGACGAGGUUAUGCUCGUCGAGAAGUACAUUACCACCCCACGACACAUCGAGGUCCAAGUCUUUGCGGACCAGCACGGAAACUGUGUGGCGCUCGGCGAGCGUGACUGCAGUAUCCAGCGACGACACCAAAAGGUUCUGGAAGAGUCGCCGGCACCACACUUGAAGGAGGAGAUCCGCCAAGACCUCUGGGAGAAGGCUCGACAAGCGGCUCUUGCGGUAGGGUAUGAGGGAGCUGGUACAGUUGAGUUCAUCUUCGACAACGACUCGGGAGAGUUCUUCUUCAUGGAGAUGAACACGCGCUUGCAGGUCGAGCACCCUGUCACUGAGAUGGUGACUGGCGAGGAUCUAGUCAGGUGGCAGCUCAUCGUAGCAGAGGGCGGCAAACUCCCUCUGACACAAGAGGAAAUUCACCAGAGAAUCAAAGAGCGCGGCGCCGCCAUCGAGGCACGAAUCUACGCCGAGAACCCUGACAUGAACUUCAUCCCCGACUCCGGCCUCCUUCUCCACCUGAAAACACCCACGCCUACCGAUACUGUGCGAAUCGACUCCGGCUUCAUCGCCGGCGACGAAGUAUCCUCACACUACGACCCCAUGAUCUCGAAGCUCAUCGUCCAAGGGCCCACCCGCGAAGCCGCCAUCCAAAAACUCCGCGCAGCCCUCGAGGACUACGAAGUCGCCGGCCCCAUCACAAACAUCGAGUUCAUCAAGCGCAUGUGCGUCAGCGCCGACUUCGUCGCCGGCAACGUCGAAACAGGCUACAUCCAAAAGCACCAGGCCGAGCUCUUCACGCCCGCGCCCACCGCCCCAGAAGUCUACGCCCAAGCCGCCCUCGGCCUCGCCCUGCAGGAAAUCUCCUCCGCCAACGCCAACCCGUUCGCCGGGCCCCCCGUCACAACCGCAGGUUUCGGCGCGGGCUUCCAGCAGCGCGAGUACAACCUCGUCGAGACGCCGGCGAACGGCAAGGGCGAGGCGAAAACAACACCGGUUCGCAUCUGGCAGACUGCGCCGCAGAAAUUCGACAUCACCGUCGACGGACAGACGUUCAGCAACGUUACUAGCUCGUUCGCCCCGUCCAGCAACACGCUCACAUCCUUCUACCCGCAUACCCGCCUCGCGACAACAUUCAUCCGCGACGCCGACAAACUGACCCUCUUCCAGCGCGGGAAGCAGCACAGACUGCACCUCGCGCUGCCGAAGUGGGCGGAGAAAGCGCUGGGCAUCAAGGACGUGACGAAUAGCGUGCUGGCGCCCAUGCCGUGUAAAGUGCUGCGUGUGGAGGUCGAGGAGGGGCAGAGCGUUAAGAAGGAUCAACCGCUUGUUAUUAUCGAGAGCAUGAAGAUGGAGACUGUUAUUCGGAGUCCGGUGGAUGGCGUCGUUAAGAGGAUUGUGCAUGGCAAGGGGGAUUUGUGUAAGGCUGGGACGGAACUUGUUGAGUUUGAGAGUGAGGGAGUGGGGGAGGAUAAGGCGUAG